UUGGACAGGUGUACCUAAAAAAGUGGCCGGUGAGUGUAUAUAUAUAUAUAUAUCUAUGUUAACUGAACUAGAAGUUACCUUUGUCUGUUAAAAUAUAAUAAACAGUCAUUCUGUUAUCUACAACUCAGAAAAUAUAUCUUAGCUUAAAUCAAUUUAUUCUGACAACAAUAUGAAGACAGUCAUUAUGGCUUCAUUCACAACAAGGUUAGACUAUUGAAACUUCUUUUACUUCAGCAUCAGUCAGUCUGUAUAAUCCAGAUGUUUAGGUCUCAGUAGACGAACUGAACUGGUAGCAGAAUCACUCUCACUCUGUCUUAAGCUUUAAAACACAGCUUCAGACAUGUUUGCUUUUCUUAGCCUUUAGGUGUAUGGUAAUUAAUUGUUUAGCUGCAAUUUAAUUUUUUUAGCAUUUUGACUUGAACUGUAAGGUCUAUCAUCUCUUGUUUUAAUGAAUUCAUAUUUUUGGCAAUUUAUAUUUUUGUUUAUUAAUGUCAUUGUUAGUCACCUUGCAUUGUUGUAAAUGUGCUUCAUGAAAAGGUUAUAUGAAUGGAACAGAAACCCUUUUUUUUAAUCUGAAAUGCAAAACGUGGGGCUGAAAAAAUCCACCUCCCCUACUGAGAGUUUCUGUGACACACUUUCUGUGUCAGUUCUCACAAAACAUCACAAGGAGGAUUAGAGGAGGACUGAAAAUGUUCUGGUGGAGUCUGAUCAUCUUCAUUUUGACUUUUAACAAACUCUUUAUUCAUUCAGAUGCCUUCAGUUGCCCUAGAGGUGAAAGAGUCCAUGAAGAACGUCUCAAAAAGUCUUGUAAACCCUGUCCUGAUAGAUCUUACCAGCCAACAGAAAAUUCAUCUCAAAAGUGCAAAACAUGUACAUCGUGCUUUAGAGGAAGUUACAUUAAAGAAUCGUGUACCAAAUUUAGUGAUGCAAUAUGCCAGUGUAAAGAAGGAUUUGUUCCCCUGUUUGGUGAUCCUUCCGAGUGCGACUGUAAACCAGGAUCUGGAAUCAAAGAUGGAGUAUGUUCAAAAUGCAAGGAAGGAUAUUUCAGCACAAAAGAAAACACCCACUGUCAGAAAUGGAACGAAUGUCAAGAAACAGGAGUUAAGAAGCCUGGAAAUUCAACCUCUGAUGCUGUUUGUAACGAGGAGUCCAACGGUAACCUUCGGAUAACUACACCCUCCACAUCAAUCAGAAAAACUGAAAAACUACGCACAACAAGACCUCGUCUACAUGAGGGGAAUCAAACAGUGAAUCCCACCUCCACCACAAGUCCUCCACCACAGAAAGACAACGUGCCUCCUCUCUUUCUUUCAAACAACCACACUGCUGUGGUCCUUUUCUGUUUGGGAAUUGUUGGACUUCUUGUUUGGACUGCUGUUAUCUGCAAGAUGCACAUCMCCCCUUGCUCCCAGAAAAAGAGAACGCAACCYCGGGACUCACUGUGUCGGAGACCCGUGGAGGAAAGUGGUGACAGCAGUGAAACUUCACUCAAACUCAACCUGGAGCCCUGAGGUGACAUCGUUUCCUCAAUUAAUACUGUGAAAUUUCAGACCAGAUGAACACCGUCUGAUUUASAACCAAAUGUUCACUUCUUUAUAUUGUUAGUUGUAUGUUAGACAUACAUUAGGAAUUGAUCUGUAUGGACCUUUUUGUGGAAAGUGGUCCAGUUUGGGGGCAUCCGGUGCUGGUCUGUUACAAAAUAACUUUGGAAAUGUGUCGUGGAAGUUGCUGUGCUGUGUAUUACUUCGUGUACAUGUGCAAAAACAAUCGCAGAUGCAUGAAAAUAGGUAAGAAUAUAUACAAUAAUGAAAACUUCCAAUUGUCACAAGGUUUAGUAAUAUAGUACAGGUCUAGUGCUAAUACAUGGUUUACAGAGAUCUUGGCCGUGUGUCAUUUUGACCACUCAUUAUUACAAAAGAUAACUUGAAUACAACUAUAUAAUUGUAUACUAUAUUAUUGAUUAACUAUACACCUUGCAGAAGGCUACAGACCACAAUAACAAAUGCAUUUACCAUCAUUGAAACAAAAACACCAAUUCAAUUAAUAUUUUUGCCAAAUUUGAUGUGUGGCAAAGAAGGACAUUUUCUACUCAGUAUUUAAUUAAUCAUGGGUCAGAAAUAAAUACAUUAUACUUGUAAUGAAAUUAUUGCUCAACUGUAUAACCUUACCUCUAUUUUGCRUCUCCACAUUGCUAUUUUAGGCACUAAUUCCAAUGUUUGAGCAGCAWAAAAGUUCUGGACAAGUUUGUCUUUUUUCUGAUAAGAAGUUGGUAAAUCACAAACCAAAAAGAAAAGUUUUCAGCUUCGCAACAGUCUAACCUUUAAAGUUUGAGAACUCGYCCCAUAAUCAACUUCACUGUCAGCUGUCUCCAAACAAUCCCACAAACCAAUGCGUGCCAUUUCUGGUAGGCGGCGCUAAACGGUAUCCGGGAAGAGGUCCACCGUAGCCGAUGUGUUUUCAACUUGAACUGUGGUCAAUAUUUGACCUUUGUUUGUAGGUUUGCAGGGUAUUUAAAGGAUUGAACCUGUUCCUGUAUACAUCAGUCAUUUUUUCAACUGAAACACAGUUCAAAUAUGAACAUUUAUUGUUUUAUUUUAUUUGUGUUUGAAACAGAUUUAUGUGUGGUGAGUGUAGUAAUUUCAAACUUGAAUACAUAGACUUUUGUGUAAUCAGUUCUAUUAAAAUGUCAUAUUUUCACUGCAGAUUUUAUAAAAUUUAUGACUUUAUAUAAUGUAACAUGUUAUAAUGGGGCAAUAGGACAAGUCUGAGAAAUAUACAGUUUGGACAGCAUGUUGUUAAAGUUUAAAUUAGUACAUUCAUAUCAGCUGCUGGAAACCAUUUCACCUUAAUUUUUGAUACCUACAAGUCCCUAUUUUUUGUUGUUUGCUCAGUUUUUUCCACUAGUAUUUGCUCUGUUCAGCAGACCAGAUAAGAAAAACAUGGUUUUUUAAUAUAGUUUGUGUGGUUGGGGGAAAUACCAGUUUGAGCAAACUGUGCCUCUUGUUUUCUUACAGAGAAAUGCCACCUCUGUUCAUUUUUCUCUUUUCUCAUUCUAGCCUUUGGAAACUGUGAUGCCAUAAAUAAGAGCACUUUCAUGUCAUUUUCUUUUAUUUUUUACUUCAGAGAUUUCUCAAAUUAGGUCAGUCUGAGGUGUACGAGAACUUCUCUUUUUUUUUGCUAUUUUGCAUUUUACAAAGAAACAAAAUGGAGAAGCAACGCAACUUUCUGAGUACUUGACUCACUCUGAGUUGUAAAAUAAGAAAAUAUGCACUUCUAUAGAAUCAUCUAAUCUUUUCAAGUUGGUUGUAAAUAAUGUAAAAUCAUCGUUAAAAUGACAGUCCUGGAUUUUUUUCUUACUACAAUCCUUUUAUGUAACAUUUCAACACUUUUAAGAGUAACAUUUACUUCAAAGUAAACUCACGUAAUUGGCUAAGUUCCACAGAAAUGACUACUAUUGAUACUUAUGCAUGAGUAUGAAUAUUUUUGCUAUUUUGCCCCGAGUUAAAAGUCUGAACACGUGUUACAGUCAGAGUAAACAGAGGAAAUAGUCCCUGCAGAAAUGUCACCAAUUCAGGAAGUCAACAAGAAGUUUCAAAGACAUUUCGCCUCCCUUACAAACCUGGUGAGGUUUGAUAAAACAGCUCAACUGUGCAGUGACUUACCAGAACUUAAUGUAAACAACACAUAUUCAUUUCACAUACACCUUUUUAUGUGAUAAUCAUUCUUAUAUGUAUGUCUUAUAUUUGUACUGUGCAACUGUGUAUCUGCAGGUAGUAAUAAAAUAUUUUUUUUCUUUUUCAAACUCACUUUAAGAGUUUUUGUCUGACAAAAACCAUGUCAAACGUUAUUCUCAGGUUAUCAUUUUGUGUGGGUUUUGACCAUUUUCUAUUUGUAAAGGUUCACAGUUAUAUCAAAAUAUGAUUUACUUUAUUUUAAUAUUAUGUUCUACAUUGUAAUAUUCUCUUAUUUUUAUACUUACAUACAUUUCACAGUACUGAAUAUUUAAUCCAAAAGGUUUUGCCAAUUUUGAAAAUAUGUUUUUCUUCUUAGUUGUAAACUUCAUUUACUGACUGCUGUCAGCUUUUUUUUAAUAAAAUUGUAUUAUUUAAAAA